GCCAAACAAUCCUAACUUUCUCCCGCCCUCCCAACCCCACAAAGGAUCCCUUCCCUCAAUUUCUUCACUGUUUACUGAGUUAUGGACUCGUAUGCUCCAUUACUAGAGAAACUCCGCCUUCCUCAACCAUCCCUUCAACGUUUCGCCGUCGCUUCAAUCUUCUCCAAGCUCCGAUCUGCUCCGAAGCAUCUCGACUCCGACUCCGCCCCGGGAAGAGAAGCCAUCUCCCAAUGCCUCCUCCACUCCUCUCCCGCCGUCGUCGACCAAUCAGUACGAGAGCUUUGCCGCUUAGUCAAGGAAUCUCAUACCGACGUCUCUCGUGCCCUAAUCGAACUCCAAGCCGCUCUCGAAGGAUCCGAGUCGCGGUUCGUUGACGUGUUCGUCAAGGGACUGGGUUUCCUAGUCCACUUUGGAUUCCGUAAACACAAUGGGUCAUGGCAAUUUGGCUCCGCGGAAGCUCAUCCGUUUGUUAAGGUGUUAUCUUGUCGAGUGGAUGUUCAAGCCCAGCUCUUGCACCAAAUUCCACUGUUUAUGGUACAAAACAAGUCAUUGGGAAUGGAAGCUGUCUGCAAAUUCUUAAGCCCAUUUGUGAACUAUUCAAUAUUAAAAACACAGUUCUCAGACUCAUCAUCUUUAUUAUUUGCACGGAGUUUGAUGUCAUCAAUUAUGUCGGUUUGUUGCUCGUAUCCGCACGAGGCAAUGCCUAUACUUGCUUUAUUAAUUCGAAGCCUCAAGUAUGUCCCACGCAUGACUCUAGAAGAUUUCUGGAAUUUCAUACAUUUGGUGGAAUCUUUGGUGGACGCUUGUACUGUGGUGUUAAGAUUUGUAGUCAACAAGGGAUCGCAUCUCAAAAUGGAGGCUCAACAAAGCAGCAUAGAAUUGUUAGAUACAGUUCUCUGCCUGUAUGCAUGCCUUGACAGACACGUUUGUGGCUGUGAGCGCAUUCUUGAACUGUCAAGAUAUUUGUUGUCCGUACAAAAGGACCUCGGGAUGCAAUAUGUACCAAAGCUAUCUUCAGCCUUCUCACCAUUAUUUACAAUCCUCACAAAAUCAGAGCUAGAACAUGAGCAAUUAUUGAUAUUGAAACUUCUUGUAUCCCUCCUGCGGUGGAAAGCUGAGCGUGAAUAUGCCAACAGAGCAACAACACGUGUUCCAAGUGAAGAACUUCUAUUUGUCUUUCCUGCCCUCAGUCUCAUGUCAUCUCCUUCAAAAUCCAUUAAAAGAGCAGCAACUGAAUUGCUUUCCAUGUUAGAAAAGUUGUUGGUGACACUAUUGGUGACAACAAAGGACGAAGUUGAGGAGAGGGGGUUCCAGUUUCCAUCAAUUAGGACACCUGGGUCUAUCGUUGUUCAGCUUUUGGAAAAGCUAUGGUUCCAGGGCCGUUCUUCACUGUCCCGUGGAUUCUUUUUGGAUUUUGCUCUUUAUGGCCAGAGUAAUAGCAAAGAUGAUAACAAUUUGCCCAGAAAGUGUUGGACAUCUAAAUUAAGAGAGUACUCAUUAUGGAUUGUCGAGAGACGAAAAUCCCUUCUGCCCCUCACUCAAUUUGAGGAAUUAUUUGUUAAAGCAUAUGCUGUUGCAGAAAUGCCCUUCCUUGUAGGUGCAAUCACUUCCAUUAUGGUGGUGCAUCAUUCAUUGGGAACUGAUGCUGUAGAGUUACUAGCCGCAAUUGGAACUUUGGAUCCAAAAAUUGGAUUUCAGUUGCUGCUUUUAGUUCUUUUUUACUGUAAUAUAUUUUCAAGAAAAGAAGUUCAACGCCAGGAUAUGGUGCUUAAACUUUUGGGAUUGCUUCCAAGCAUUGCUUCCCACAGUGCAAUGGUUCCGUUUAUAGUUGAAACUAUUUCACCAAUGCUUCGUAAAGAUUCAAAUCUAGUCUUAUAUGCUACAGCAACUCGAUUGCUAUGUCAAACCUGGGAAAUCAAUGAUCGUGCAUUUGGGAGUCUGCAAAGAGUCCUGCUUCCCGAGGGAUUUUCUGACUUUAACCAUGAGGGAGAGAUUUGUCUCAGUUUAUCUGCUUCAAUUCGAGAUGUUUGCAGAAAAGAUGCAGAUAGAGGAGUGGACCUUAUCUUGUCUGUUUCAUCAUGCAUAGAAAGCCCUGAUCCUAUCAAUCAAGCUCUUGGAUUACAAGGUCUUGCACAUCUAUGUGAAGCUGAUGUCAUUGAUUUUUACACUGCAUGGGAUGUCAUUGCCGAGAAUCCACUGGACUAUUCUGCAAGUCCAGUUCUUGCAAACAGCCUCUGUAAGCUUCUCAGGUGGGGUGCUAUUGAUGCUGAGGUCUAUCCAGAAGCUUCAAAAAACAUCAUAGGAAUUCUUCUUGCCCUUGGCACAUCAACUUCUCCUAGUCAUGAUUUGCGAUGGGCGAAGGCCAAGGCUUCUGCUUUUGAUGCCUUAGCACAAUAUGAGGUGUCCCUUCUUGAGAGAAAUUAUCAAGAUUUUAAAGAAAAGAGCACGUCAGUUCUUUUUACUGAGAAAGAUGUGGACGUCCUCAGUGCCAUAAAAGAUUUUCUGGUUAAAAUUAUAUUUCAUGAGCACAGUAACCGAAGACGACUGGUAAAGGAGAAGAAAGUUGCUGGAAGCAAGAUUGAGAAGCUACUAGAUGUCUUUCCUCGACUUGUUUUUUCUUCAGGGAUCAGAAGUAAUGUCAGGCAACUGCCUGCUGCUGCACUGCUAUGUCAUUCUUUCUCUUCUAGAAAAGGGAAUGAUCCUACAAGAAGAACACAAGAAGAACACACCAGUUAUGAAAAUGCGAUGCGAGAAAUUGGUGAUUCUCUUCAACUUUCAAGAAAUAUUGCCAUGGCUCUCUUAGCCCUAGAAUCAUGGAAAGCAUUUAUGGAACGCUGGAUAAAGUCUGAAGUUUUAUCAUCUGAUGUUAGAGAUACUGCAGUUAUCUCAGAGAAAACUUCUAAAGUGGCUAACGAAAUUUUGAAGAGAAUAAUACAUGUUGCUGAAGAAGCUUUGCCAAGGUGUGCUGAAAAUAUGGCACUAGCUAUUGGUGCACUCUGUAUGGUCUUGCCUCAGGCUGCCCAUGCCGUGAAAUCAACUGCUUCUAAGUUUCUGUUAAAUUGGUUGUUCCAGCAUGAGCAUGAGCUUCACCAAUGGCCAUCUGCCAUAUCCCUUGGAAUAAUCUCUAGAUGCCUACAUGUGACCGACCAUAAAUUGAAAUUUCAGAUUAUCUCUGGACUUCUUGAGGUUUUAAGUGUUACCAAGAGUACUCUUGUUAAAGGAGCUUGUGGAGUUGGCUUAGGCUAUUCUAGCCAUGAUCUUCUUUCUGGGGUUGGAAUUGUUGAUAAAUCAAACUUGGGUGGAGAUAAGCAGACAACCAAGAUAAAGGAAGUAGAGUUACUGGGAACUAUAGUUAGAUCUUUAUCUUUGAUGAUAUGUCAGCUCACGGGAUCUUCUAAAGAUGUGUUUGAAGAUCUUUUUCAGUUGGUUCCAUUACACUCUUCUGGUAUCAGUGUAGAUUCUCAGCUGUUGCAUAAGAAUGGUGACCCAGAAGACGAUGUCUGGGGUGUUGCUGGACUAGUCGUUGGUCUGGCUAAUACCAUCAUUGCACUGUGCAAAGUUGGAGCAUAUGAUGCUGUCCUGAAGAUCAAAAGCUUGAUUUCCUCGUGGUUUCCUCAUGGAAAUUCUGUACUUCAAUGCUCUGGUUCAUUUGAUGAAGUUUCUAUUAGAGUUCUCUCUGUUGGAUCCUGUCUUGCACUACCAACCAUGACAUUGUUUUGCCAUAGACUUGAGUUGGUGGAUGGUGAUGAACUGGACCAUUUAAUAAGUGCCUAUAAGGAGAUUAUUUCUGAAUUGUUACCUGUUAAAAGAUCUUGUACAUCCCAUCUGAAUUUGUUGAUGGCAUCAUGCAUAGGAGCAGGGAACCUCCUUGCCGGCAUUCUAAAUGAGGGGGUGCAUUCUAUUGAAGUUGCACAUGUCCAAGACUUGCUGGAGUUAUUUAAAAGAUGUUAUUCUAAUCCUUACAGUCCUUUGAUCCAUUUUGGUGGAAUGCUUGGAGUAGUAACUGCCAUGGGAGUGGGUGUUGGAAGUUUGUUCGACUUGCAUCCUACAAUAUCAUCAGUUCAAACUGAACAUGACUUAAAGGAGACUUCCCAUCUUCUAGGCCCACUUCUUUCAAGUCGUGUUUGUGAGCCACUGUUGACAUCAAUCAUCCAAGAGCUGUAUCUUGUUGCACAGAACUCUGAUGAUAAGAAGCUGCAGCAAUAUGCUGCAUGGGCAUUAUCAUUCCUUAGAUACAAUAUUUGGUCAAAGCAAUUUCCAAACCUUCGGAACUUAAAUGAGACAGAUGUAUCUGAUUCAAGAUCUUUACCUCAAAAUUUCCCAAUGGAUGGUGUAGGAAUGCGGCUAUGCAAUUGGCUAAUGCAGCUGAAUCUUUCAGAGACAGGGACAGCUACACAUACCGAGACUCUAGUAACCACACUACGGUGUCUUUCUCAAGCUCCCAGAUUGCCGUCCUUAGACUGGGGAGCAAUAAUCAGGCGCUGCAUGAGGUAUGAAGACCAAGUUGCUGAGUUGCUGCCACCAAGUUCUGCUCUUAGAAAGGGCAUUGUAAGGGAAGAAUGCUUGAAGUUCUCAUUAGCCCACGCAAACCAAUUUGACCAACUACUUAUUUUUCUCGAUGAGCUCUCUGACAUCUCCAGGUUUAGGACACUUGGACUGAAUCUGCAGUCAUGCCUGCUUACUCAUCUCGCAGGUCUCAUGAAAGUGUUCUCUAAUGCAAGAGUUGAAAAACUUUUCAAUGACAUGAAAAUUUACAUGUCUUCUUUUUACUUGGACCAACUCCUGUACAAUUAUGAGAAGCAUUUACUAUGCAUCGCGUGCUGGAAGGGGCUCUACCAAUGUAUUGACGAAGCUAAUCUUAAUUCAUUGGAGUGCAUAGCUCAUAUUGAAGACUUCAUGGUGGUUCUUUUCACCAUGUUACCUACAUUGUCGUCCAGUACCAACAAAGAAGUAGAUGAAGUACAAUCCGCAAAAGAGUGGUCCGAGGCAAUCAGAUGCCUUAGCAAGGCACGGCAGACCUGGUUGCUGAACUUCCUUCAGAUUUCAUGCGAGGAUCUAGUACCAAAAGAUCAGAAGUUAUUUGAAGUUCUAAAAAAGAUGAAAGCCAAAGCCAAUCUAAUAAGGAAUGGUUCUCUCCCAAUGAGCGAACUAGGAAAAAUGAAAACCCUGAUGCUGAACUUGAAAUCACAAGACGUGUGGGACGUACUAGUUGAGGUUGUUGCAGCUCUUCAAAUUGCAGAGGGUAAUGUCAAAAGACAAUGGGUGGUUGAUGCAGUAGAAAUUAGCUGUGUAUCGGUGCAUCCUUCCACGGCAAUCCAAUUUCUUGCUUUACUAUCAAGUUGCUUUAGCAAGUAUAUGCCUCUACUCAUUCUGGACCCUCAAAAUGUGUUGAACAAUCUGCCAGUUACCCUUAAUUCUCUUCUGUCCACAUCUGCCUGGAGUUCCAUUGCAGAGUCCGUUGCUUCACGUCUCUUUGCCUUGACCGAACGCAUCUAUCUCGCCACCCAGACUCCGAAUGUGGAUGGCACACAUAGCUCCCAACCUAUUGAUGAAAGUGAAAUUGAUGCAGCUACUUCACUAUUACAUGUGACGCAUAAUACAUGCGUUUCUUUGAAGGACUUCUUGCCAUUUGGGGAGCAGCUUAGACUAGCGAACAUGAAUAUCAUCACUUAGCAAAGAGGCCAUUUUUGGAAAAUUGACCAUCAAAUAUUUUGUAGAUUAGAUUAGCAGCUAACUAUAGUCAAAUUUAGUUGUACAAAAAUGAAGGUGAUUUGUCCUUAACCCUUCAUGUAUGUCUUCCUUUCAAUUGUAACAUCAAUUUCUUGUAUAGACAAAAUUGUAAAGAUGUAAAUAUAGAGAAGUUUCGAGUCAAGUGUAUAUCGAUUAAAUUUAUUAAUAGCAAUGAAAUGUUCAGAUUAA